AUGCCCUUAACCCUCCACCACCUAGGCCUCUCCCAAUCCGAGCGCAUAAUAUGGCUCGCCGAGGAACUAAACCUAGCCUACAACUUCGUCCACCACAAGCGCGACCCAAUCUUCGCGCCCCAAUCAAUCAAAGACCUGCACCCAGCCGGCACAGCUCCUGUCAUGGAAGACGAUCCAUCCCCUGUGACACAGUCCCGCAUCGUCCUGGCCGAAUCAGGUGCUAUAAUCGACUACAUCAUCGCCGUCCACGGGAAUGGCCAAUUCGCACCAACCCCAAAAGACGGAGAAACAUACGCCAAUUACCUAGAAUGGUACCACUUCGCCAACGGGAGUCUCCAACCCGCCCUCUUCAGUGUGCUUAUGACCCGCGGCCCAGCAUCGGAUCCUAAUUCACCUGUCGUUGUGCGCACGCUGGCAAAGUGGGAUCAGUUACUGUCUAUGAUGGAGAAUCGACUUGGCGAGACUGGGGCGUAUCUUGCUGGCAAGACGCUUACGGCUGCGGAUAUCAUGACUAUUUUUACGUUGACGACUAUGCGGGGCUUUUGUCCUGUUGAGUAUGAUGGGGAGAAACAUAAGCAUAUCUUGGCUUAUUUGGAGCGUGUUGGGGAACGGCCGGCUUAUCGGAGGGCGAUGGAGAUUUGUGAGGGGAAGGAGUUUGUGCCUUUGUUGGGGGUCAAGGCUGAGCAGUUCUCUUUGAUGAAGAGAUCUCGACUCUGA